CGUCGCCGACCGUCGGCGCGUCUUAACUCGCGCGUGACACGCGCUCGGAACGGGUCCGAUCGCGGCGGACGAACGCGAGAAAGGGGGAUAGCGAGCGGCACACAAAAGACGGUGGGGAUCGCGACGAUGACGACGCUGUCGAUGUCCGCGGCGACCCCGCGAUGCUUCGCGGUCGGCUCGCGCGCGCAGUCCGGCGGCGCGCGUAAGGCGACGACGGCCGGGAGGACCGCGCGGGUAUCGCGCGCCCGCGGGGCGUCCCUCGUCGCCCGCGCAGCCUUCACCCCGGCAGGGGCGAAGAUCGCCGGCGUCGGGAUGGCCGUCCCGACGCAGUACCUCACCAACGACGAUCUCUCCGAGCUCGUCGACACCAACGACGAGUGGAUCCGCACGCGCACCGGCAUCGGCAAGAGGCACGUCAUCUCCGGCGACGAAUCCCUCACCUCGCUCGCCGCGGAGGCGUCCAAGAAGGCGCUCACCGCCGCGGGCGUCGCGCCCGAAGAUCUCGACCUCAUCCUCCUCUCAACCUCCUCCCCCGACGACCUCUUCGGAUCCGCGUGCACGGUGCAGGCCGCCAUCGGCGCGACGGGCGCCUUGGCCGUCGACCUCACCGCCGCGUGCAGCGGCUUCGUCGUCGGCGUCGUCAACGGCGUUCACUUCAUCCGCGGCGGCGAAUACAAAAACGUCCUCGUGAUCGGAGCCGACGUGUUGUCCCGCUACGUCGACUGGCGCGACCGCGGGACGUGCAUCCUCUUCGGGGACGGGUGCGGCGCCAUGGUGCUGACGUCGACGCCGGACCCGUCGGACUGCUGCCUCCUGGGGUUCGACAUGCACUCCGACGGAACGGGGAACCAUAACCUCACAGCGCAAUUCGCGUACGAAGCCGGAACGGACACGGCGGGCAAGUCCAAGCCGACGGCGGAGGGCGGCGACGCGCCGUCGUCUAGAGGCGCGUUCUGCAACAUCGGGAUGAACGGUCAGGAGGUGUUCAAGUUCGCCGUGAAGACUGUGCCGGACACGGUGUCGAAGUCGUUGGAGAAGGCGGGGAUGACGAGCGAGGACAUCGACUUUUUGGUCAUGCACCAGGCGAACCAGCGCAUCAUCGACACCGCCGCCAAGCGCUUCGGGCUGGGACCCGAGAAGGUGGUGAGCAACAUCGCCAAGUACGGGAACACGUCCGCGGGAUCCGUGCCGAUCGCGAUGGCGGAGGCUGUGGAGGAGGGGAGGAUCAAGAAAGGGGACAUCGUGGCGACGGCUGGGUUCGGCGCGGGCCUCACCUGGGCCUCCGCCAUCCUCCGGUGGUGACGAUGUGGUGACGAUGCGUUGAUCGAUGAUGAUGGGUUAAUACGAGUGGCGGGUGGGUGAGGUGGGGGUCUCGCGGCGGGGCGGCGGCGUUCGCGAGACGACUGAGUGUUACGUCGAUGAUUCAAUCGUGAGAGUUGAGCAAUUACGCGG